UUCACCUCCUUCUUAAACAAUAUUCAUCACUUGAUUUCCAACUAUAAAUCUAGCUUCAAAUCUCUUCUAAUUUAGUUCUAAAGUAUGAUGAAAUGGUGAGGACUUCAAAAGUUUUAUUAGGAAUCACUUCAGAUUAUCGUCUAUGGAUUCUUGCUAUGGCAAUCAUGAGUGUUCUGCUAGUGAUGAGUGUGAGGAGAUCAUGGUUUGGAGAUGAGUUUUCUGAUCAAGCAAGUGAAGAUUUUCACCUCCCAGUAAGUUUGCCUUCGAAAGGCCAUGGCCAUCCGCCAAUUCUUGCUUACUGGAUUUGUGGAAGCAGUGGAGAUGGCAAGAGGAUGAUGAGAUUGUUGAAAGCUAUUUAUCAUCCAAGAAAUCAGUAUCUGCUGCAGCUGGAUUCUGAUGCAGUGGAUUAUGAAAGGGUUGAUUUGUUAGUUUGGAUCAAAUCUGAGAAUUUGUUUACAAGUUUUGGAAAUGUUUAUGUUGUUGGAAAAAGUUAUGGUAUUAACAGGAUUGGAUCAUCAGCUCUUGCUGCUAUUCUUCAUGCUGCUGCACUUCUUCUCAAGUUAAAUCAAGAUUGGGAUUGGUUCAUCAAUUUAAGCCCUUCUGAUUAUCCUAUUAUGACUCAAGAUGAUCUUCUCUAUGUCUUCAGUUCAUUACCAAGGGACCUCAACUUCAUACAUUUUUCAAAUGAAACUGAGUGGAAAGAGAAACGAAGGAUAGAACAAAUUGUUAUAGAUCCCAGUUUAUAUCUUCAAAAGAGAAAUGACCUUUUCUACACUGUAGAAACUCGAACUCCAAAUGCUUUCAAGAUCUUUGGAGGUUCACCCUGGCUGAUUCUUACAAGAGCUUUGAUGGAGUACAGUGUGAAAGGAUGGGACAACCUCCCAAGAAAACUAGUAAUGUAUUUCAGCAAUGCAGCAUACCCAAUUGAAUUCUACUUCCACACACUCAUUUGCAACUCCCCAGAUUUUCACAACACAACAAUAAAUACCGACUUAAGGUACAAUAUUUUAGAAGAUCCUAAAUCUAACAAGACAGUACUUUAUAGUGGAGCAGCAGCAGCAGCAUUUGCAAGUCCAUUUAAAGAAGGUAACUCAGAGCUCAACAGGAUUGAUGAGAUGAUCUUAAACCGCCUACCUGAUGCAGUGGUGCCGGGAAGCUGGUGCUUAAGCCACCAAGGGUUUGAACGGUAUAAAAGUCCCAUCCCGGGUUUAGGAAGAGUAAGGUCCUCGGGGGUACACAAGGCCUGAGGAUCUGUACACGGGGGUGUCUCUGCUACGGGGAGAGAACAUUGAUGAUAUAUACUGUGCAAGUUUUUCCAGAGUUAAUUCUCAACGUCCUCAGCUAAAUGUUACUACUCGGUGUCUGUCUUUGCUUUCUGAAUGGCA